AUGGCCCCUGCAGGGAAAGUUACUGGUUUUCGCAAAGAGGGUAAUGGCUGGUUCUGUAAUGCAGGGUUGCCAAGUGAUAUCACUGUUGUUGUGGAUGGUAUAAAGUUCCAUCUUCAUAAGUUUCCGCUGGUGUCAAGAUGUGGGAAGAUAGCACGAAUAUGUGAAGAAUCCUCUGAAAAGGCAUUCGUCACAGUAUUUGAGGAAUUCCCUGGUGGUCCAGAUACUUUCUUGAUUGCAGUAAAGUUUUGCUAUGGCUUACGGAUGGAAUUGACACCAAGAAACAUAGUAAUGGUGUGUUGUGCAGCAGACUAUCUUCAAAUGACAGAUGAGUACGGAGAAGAUAACUUACUUUCCAAGUCUGAGAAUUUCUUCCACAAGAAUGUACUUCAUAACUGGAAAGACUGUAUAUUGGCUCUUCAAAGUUCCGACCCUGUAAUUGCAAGGGCUGAAAAGCUCCAGAUUAUAAGCAAAUGUUUAAGUGCUCUAUCCAUGAUGGUAUGCACAGAUCCUAGUUUGUUUGGAUGGCCCAUGAUGAUGUAUGGUAGCUUACAGAGCCCUGGUGGUAGCAUCCUUUGGAAUGGUAUAAACACUGGGGCAAGAAUCCGAAGUGCAGAGUCUGACUGGUGGUUUGAGGACAUCUCAUACCUUAGCGUAGGUUUGUUUGAAAGACUGAUCAAUACAAUGGAAACCAGAGGGAUAAGACCUGAAAUUCUUGUGGGUGCAAUUAUGUAUUAUGCCAGGAAAUAUCUACCGGGCCUAGGCAGGUGGCAAAGUGGACAAAGUGGAAAAACUAGAACAGUUGCCAGUUUUAGUUUGACACCUGCUGUUGUUGAUCAAAAGGUUUUAUUAGAAACCAUUGAAAAAAUUCUCCCAGAAAAGAAGGGGAAAUCCUUUUGCCGUUUUUUAUUGGGACUUCUUCGAGUUGCGCUGAUACUGGGUGUCAGUCAAACGUGCAAGGAUUCUUUAGAGAGGAGAAUAGGGAUGCAACUGGAAGUUGCGACCCUAGAUAGCCUUCUUAUUCCAGCGUAUUCAGAUUCUGAUACUUUGUAUAAUGUUGACUGUGUGGAAAGAAUCAUCCAUCAUUUCAUGUCUUCAGAAUCAAGGAUUACAUCAUUUUCUCCAUCAUCAUUGGACCCAGAAACAUCUCCAUCAUCUGAACCAUUAAGAAAGGUUGCAAAAUUGAUAGAUAACUAUAUCGCAGAGGUUGCUUCGGACAUAAAUUUGAAACCUAGAAAGAUACGCUCUCUUGCUGUGGCCCUUCCAGAAUCUUCAAGACCACUGCAUGAUGGGCUAUACAGGGCACUAGAUAUAUAUUUCAAGGCACACCCUUGGCUAUCAGAGAAAGAGAAGGAAGAACUCUGCAACAUCAUUGACUACCAGAAGCUCUCCAUUGAUGCCUGUGCCCAUGCUUCCCAGAAUGCAAGGUUACCACUUAGAGUUGUUCUUCAAGUCUUGUUCUUUGAGCAGAUGCAGUUGAGAACUGCUCUUGCUGGCUGUCUACAUGUCUUGGACACUGAAAGUGCCCCUGCAGCUCCGAUGACCUUUGCUAGUGAUAUGGCGGGCCAGAUUGUACAGAGAGAUGGGUGGAUAACAGUUGUGCGUGAGAACCAGGUUCUAAAGGGAGAUAUGGAAAAUAUGAGGUCCAGAGUUGGGGAACUUGAAGAAGAGUUUAGUAAAAUAAAACAGGAGAUGAAGAAAGUGACCAAAUCGCAUAGUUCUCUUAGUUCUCCUCGCUUGGUUCCCAGGAAAAUUGGGUGCAAGCUUAUCCCUCGAUCCUCAGAUGCCCAAACUGAUACUGUUGACAGUACCGGACCCACUCCUAGAGCAUCUGUUGAACAUGCACAAGGCGUGCUAAUUCUAAAAGGCAGUGCAAAGAGGAUCACAGUUUUGUAUCACAGAAUUGGUUUCAAAUUGUAUGGAAAAUGGAAUGCAAUCUCUUCUCAUCCUGAUGGAAAGAGAAGUAUUCUUCUUUUGAAAAUUUCUGACCAUUUGAAAGGUGAAUCUAUUGGACUUAUCGAGCCGCAGGAUAAUGGAAAGUCUUACAGUGCUUUAAAAAGCAAUACGCUCCAAUCCAAAUCUGGACUUGUAGAGAAACGUUACACCAGAUUUAGAAUGGAGCUAUCAUAA